AUGCGCAUUCACUCCUGCUCCCCCACGUGCCACGCACGCUACACUUACCAGACAGUAACGAGGCAGACACACUACCACGACGCCGCACACCCCCGAUAUGCCCCAAGCUGGAGAAGCCCUCCAAGACGGACGGCAACGGGGCCCCCAGAUGACGAGACUUGGGACCCGAAUAGCGAUCCUUGGGCCCGCCUAACGGAACCCAAGCCACGGGCAGACAUCAAGGGCACCACUCCGGGACGAUCGGACCCAAACUCAGCCCGUCUGACACCGCGCCGACAGGAGGUAACACCCCACGCCCGGCGCCACUGA